AGAAAAAAAAAGAAAAAAGAAAAAAAAAAAAGCUCUUUUGGAGGAAGCUCUAUCCAUUCCACUACUACUCCUACUACUCCAAUAAAUCCUCUACCAAAUUAACAAAGUUAGUAGCUAGACACAGUCAUGGAGUUACGGAAGAUGAGAUCCUGCACCACCCUUCUCCUCAUACUACUACUACUACUACUUCUAUCAUCAUCCAUCACCACCACCUCCUCCUCCUCUUCAUCCUCCACCAACCCCCAAGCCAAUGUUGAGAGUGUUUAUGUUGGAAAGCCGGGUUCUCGGGCGGUUCUCGGGGCUUUCGACCGGUGGACCGCCGUAGGCGGGCUAUCGCCGGAGCAGGUGUACAGCGUGUGGCUGCGGGUGCGGGCGCGGGCGAUCGCGCCGGUGCUGAGGGCGGUGGUGGCGCUGUGCAUGGUCAUGUCGGUGAUGCUGGUCGUGGAGGCCACGUACAUGAGUUUCGUCAGCCUCGCAGUGAAGCUGCUGAAGCUGAGGCCCGAAAAGAAAUGGAAGUGGGAGCAAAUCAUUAUGGACGGAGGGGAUCUGGAGGGGCGCGGAAGUAACCACCCUAUGGUGCUCAUCCAAAUCCCAAUGUACAAUGAGAUUGAGGUAUACAAGCUCUCGAUUGGAGCAGCAUGUGCCCUGACGUGGCCACAGGAUCGGAUCAUAAUCCAAGUCCUCGACGACUCAACCGAUCCAACAAUUAAGGACUUGGUGGAGCUCGAGUGCCAGACUUGGGCAAGGAAAGGAAUAAACAUCAAAUAUGUAAUCAGAAGCGAUCGGAAAGGAUUCAAAGCAGGAGCUCUCAAAAGAGGGAUGGAGUGUGAUUAUGCUCAGAAGUGCGACUUUGUCGCAAUCUUUGAUGCGGAUUUCCAGCCAGAGUCGGAUUUCCUCAUGAGAACCAUCCCCUUUUUCGUGUUUAAUCCAGAGAUUGCUCUUGUGCAAGCACGGUGGGAUUUUGUGAAUUACAAGAUGAGCCUGCUGACAAGGAUACAGAAGAUGUCGCUAGAUUACCACUUCAAAGUAGAGCAAGAAUCAGGCUCAGCUAUCUUUAACUUCUUUGGUUUUAAUGGGACUGCUGGAGUGUGGCGCAUAUCAGCUAUGAAAGAAGUAGGUGGUUGGAAGGACCGAACAACUGUGGAAGACAUGGACUUGGCUGUUAGGGCAACCCUUAAGGGCUGGAAGUUCUUAUACGUUGGUGACAUAAAGGUAAAGAGCGAACUUCCAAGUACUUUCAAGGCCUACUGCCGUCAGCAACAUCGGUGGAUUUGCGGAGCUGCAAACCUAUUCAAAAAGAUGGCCUAUGACAUAGUGAUUGCAAAGGAGGUCUCUCUGUUGAAGAAGGUUCAUAUGCUCUACAGCUUCUUCCUUGUGAGGAGAGUUGUAGCCCCUACAGUGUGCUUUGUUCUCUACUGUAUUGUGCUUCCAGUAUCAGUCAUGGUCCCAGAAGUCACCUUCCCCGUUUGGGGUGUGGCUUAUAUCCCCACAGGCCUUACCAUUCUCAAUAUCAUACAGAACCCUAGAUCACUACAUUUGAUGCCAUUUUGGAUACUGUUCGAGGGCGUCAUGUCCAUGCACCGGAUGAAAGCAUCAAUGGUUGGUCUAUUCGAGAUCGCGAAUUUUAACGAGUGGGUUGUAACGGCAAAGGUAGGAGAGGCUUUCAAGGAGAACCCCGAAGUUCCAUUGCUCGAAAAGACCCGAAGUAAGAUUAAAGACAGGGUCAACCUUACCGAGCUCGGAUUUUCGUUCUUUCUCUUCUUCUGUGCCUCCUAUAAUCUGGCAUUUGGACCAGCCAGCUACUACCUAAAUCUCUACCUUCAAGCCUUAGCAUUUUUUGUCCUUGCAUUUAAUUACGUCGGCACAUGCAACUGCUUUGGCACCUGCAGCUGUUGCUGAUGGCAACUUGGCACAGGCCCUAUUUGCACUUCGUAAUUUUUGCCGAUUCUUUUCCCAGUUGAAGAUUCAUAGAAUCCACAGUAAAUUGGGCUGAUUUUUUUUUUAAAAUUUUUUAGUAAGGAAGUCGCCUUCAAUGCCUCCUCUAUUCUUUUCCUACAAUUCCCAACUAAACACCAAUUGUUUGUUUCUUGUAUAACUGAGAACUUUUUUUUUUCUUUUUUAAUAAUUUAAAUUAAGGGCAGCAGUAUUCUUGAUGUUAUCA